GCCCCGAGCUCCGGGGCUGGGGCGCCGCCGGCUCCGUAGAACUCGAGUAGCCCCCCAGCGUCCAAGCGAUCGUCCUGAGGAUUCGCAGUCGGACUCGGGCCUCAGCCCUUGGCUGGACCCGGGGCCCUCAGGCAGGAAAUAAAGGCUCAGUGGCCACAACUGUGCCUGGGAACCCACCUGCCUCGUGCGGCCCCGCUGACCAGCUUUCUUGUGCCUCCCGCAGGAUGGACCACUUGCCGGUGCUGCUGGCUCUGCAAGCCGUGCUGCUCACACCCCUGGCUCACUGUUCUACUGCUUCCUCCACCCUGCGCUUUGUGGCUGUGGGCGACUGGGGAGGGGUCCCCAAUGCCCCAUUCCACACAGCCCGGGAAAUGGCCAACGCUAAAGAAAUUGCCAGGACUGUGCAGAUCAUGGGCGCUGACUUCAUCAUGUCCCUGGGGGACAACUUCUACUUCACCGGCGUGCGCGACGCAGACGACAAGAGGUUUCAGGAAACCUUUGAAGAUGUGUUCUCAGACCGUGCCCUCCGCAAUGUGCCCUGGUAUGUGCUGGCUGGUAACCAUGACCACCUUGGCAAUGUCUCUGCACAAAUUGCCUACUCCAAGAUCUCCAAGCGCUGGAACUUCCCAAGCCCCUUCUACCGCCUGCAUUUCAAAAUCCCACGGACCAACAUGACCGUGGCCAUCUUCAUGCUAGACACGGUCAUGCUCUGUGGCAACUCAGAUGACUUUGUCAGCCAGCAGCCCACCAUGCCUCAAGACCUCGGAAUGGCCCGCACCCAGCUGUCCUGGCUCAAGAAGCAGCUGGCAGCAGCCAAGGAGGACUAUGUGCUGGUGGCUGGCCACUACCCCAUCUGGUCCAUAGCUGAGCACGGACCCACCCGCUGCCUAGUCAAGCACUUGCGGCCACUGCUGGCCACAUAUGGGGUCACUGCCUACCUGUGUGGUCACGACCACAACCUGCAGUAUCUUCAGGACGAGAAUGGUGUGGGCUACGUGCUGAGCGGAGCCGGGAAUUUCAUGGACCCCUCCAUGCGGCACCAGCGGAAGGUCCCCAAUGGCUACCUGCGCUUCCACUAUGGAUCCGAGGAUUCAUUAGGCGGUUUCACCUACAUUGAGAUAGGUCCCAAAGAAAUGAGCAUCACCUACAUUGAAGCUUCCGGAAAAUCACUCUUCAAAACCAGCCUCCCGCGGCGGCGAGCCAGACCCUAAACACCCAGGAGGAUUCCACAUGUCCACUCGGGGGCCUGAGGCAGGGAGCCUCUGCAAGCAUGGUGGGUGGCCCUGCGAGGACCCACUCACUCACAGGCAGCUUUCCCUCCAGCCCAUAUGCUCUGGUAGAAUGGGACAGAGCCACUGGUGGGAACGUGGACGCGUGUCCCAGCUGCCAUGUCACGCCCCUCAGCCUCUUGCUGGGGUUUGGCGAGCGAGGCAGGGGUGGGGAGGGAACGCUUUCUCCUGAAUCACUGCCAAUCAAUAAAAGAGUCGUUGUCACUGCUGCA